AGGCUGUCUAAUCGCGUCUGGGUGGCCGGCGGCGGGCGCCCCGCGAGCCUCAAUGGGCGCGGGCGGCGCCCGAGCUAGUCGCGCCACAAGCCCCGGAGGGGCCACACGUGUCCUCGUUCCCGCCACGCGACUUAUGUAACCAUCCACACGGUCUCCACCUUCAGUCACAAAUCUGACCUGACAACAAUUAUUUAAGUCAAACAACAAAUCGAACGAAGCGCCUUCAACCGAUACUAUCAAUUACAAGUAGUUAGCAUAAGAUAUAGUUAGUGAACACAAGUGCCAAGCGUGGAUAGCGUAGGUUUAGCUAGUUAAAGUAUCGUGUAAUAAGUCGUGAGUGCGUGGUGCGGCGGAGCUCGUACGGGCGUCGAUGCGUCGGUAGUCCAGGGUGUGAAGUCCAGAAUCAAGAUUGAGGUGGUGGCCGGGUGCGGUUGGGGCCGGCGGGCGCGCGUGAGGCCACUGCACGCGCUAGGCCGCGCGGCCGGCAUGUUGGCGUCGCAGCGGUCGCAGUCGUGCAACGAGGAGGGCGCGUUCUUCGGGGCGCGCGCGCUGCGCAGGCCGCGCGGCAAGGGCAGCGGCAGCCCGCCCUGCUAGGGGUACGCCAUGUCGCUGCGCAGCCUGCACCGGCGGCUAUCAUCCGCCAAUAACACAUGCGAGGAUGGUGGAGGCGGCGCUGCGACAGGCACGGGCGGGCGGGCGGCGUCGUUGCGGCUCGCCAACGGGCGGGUGGCGGCGCAGUCGGCGGAACAGCUGCCGCACUCGCCGGCCGACUGCGCGUCCGUGCGCAUAUCCAUCGACAACACCAACACCUGCUGCACCGACUCGCUCGUCACCGCCCUCGACGACGAGACGCUACUGCUCGGCGACGCCGAUAUGGCCCUAAAGCAGGGCAGCGGCACCGGCAAAGUCCACUUCGGUGGUUUGGACGAUGUGUCCCUGUACGGCACGCCAGUGGAGCCCGCCCCACCGGUGUCCGACGCCAAGCAGGGCUUCCUGCGGAACCAGCUCCAGGCACUCUUCCAGCCCACCGACAACAAGCUCGCUAUGAAACUCUUCGGCUCCAAGAAGGCCCUGAUGAAGGAGCGCAUCAGGCAGAAGGCGGCUGGCCACUGGGUCAUACAUCCUUGCAGUAGUUUCAGAUUCUACUGGGAUCUGUGUAUGCUGCUUCUCCUGGUGGCCAACCUGAUCAUCCUACCCGUCGCCAUCUCCUUCUUCAACGACGACCUCAGCACGCGCUGGAUAGCCUUCAACUGUCUCUCGGACACAAUUUUCCUUAUAGAUAUCGUUGUUAAUUUUAGGACAGGAAUAAUGCAGCAAGAUAAUGCAGAACAAGUGAUAUUAGAUCCCAAGUUAAUAGCGAAGCACUAUUUGAGGACAUGGUUCUUCCUUGACCUCAUCUCUAGUAUACCACUAGAUUAUAUAUUCUUGAUCUUCAAUCAGGACUUUAGUGAAAGCUUUCAAAUUCUUCACGCGGGUCGUGCUCUAAGGAUACUCCGGUUAGCCAAGCUGCUGUCUCUGGUGCGGCUGCUGCGGCUGUCCAGGCUGGUCCGCUAUGUCUCGCAAUGGGAGGAAGUAUAUAUGAGCCCCGCUCCGCAGCCGCGCGCCGCGCCGAGCGACGCCGAGAGCACCGGCUCGCGCGACCUCGUCACGCAGAUCUUGCAGAAUCUUCAAAAAAAGCGCACGGAACGAAGGGGACGUCUCAGCUCCGACGUUGCCAAAAAGAAGGGUCACACCAAAAGCAAUCUGAUCUUCAAGUUCCUCAACAUGGCAUCGGUGUUCAUGCGGAUAUUCAACUUAAUCUGCAUGAUGUUGUUGAUCGGCCACUGGUCCGGAUGCCUUCAAUUCCUGGUUCCUAUGUUGCAAGGGUUCCCGGCGAACUCUUGGGUUGCAAUAAACGAAUUGCAGGAUUCAUUUUGGCUGGAACAGUACUCGUGGGCACUUUUUAAGGCCAUGUCACACAUGCUGUGCAUCGGAUACGGACGGUUCCCGCCGCAGUCACUUACCGACAUGUGGCUCACGAUGCUGUCCAUGAUCUCGGGCGCCACCUGCUACGCUCUCUUCCUCGGCCACGCCACCAAUCUCAUCCAGUCCCUCGACUCUUCCCGCAGACAAUACAGAGAAAAGGUGAAACAAGUAGAAGAAUACAUGGCUUACCGAAAAUUGCCGCGUGAGAUGAGACAGCGCAUCACGGAAUACUUCGAGCACCGGUACCAGGGCAAGUUCUUCGAUGAGGAGCUGAUUCUUGGCGAACUGAGCGAGAAGCUCCGAGAAGACGUGAUCAACUACAACUGCAGAUCAUUGGUGGCCUCUGUGCCCUUCUUCGCAAACGCAGACUCCAACUUCGUGUCCGACGUCGUCACUAAGCUACGUUACGAAGUCUUCCAACCUGGCGAUAUCAUCAUAAAAGAAGGAACAAUUGGAAACAAGAUGUACUUCAUACAAGAAGGAAUUGUAGAUAUAGUAAUGGCGAACGGCGAAGUAGCAACAAGCCUUUCCGACGGGUCAUACUUCGGGGAGAUCUGCUUGCUGACCAACGCGCGGCGGGUGGCGUCCGUCCGCGCGGAAACAUACUGCAACCUGUUCUCGCUGUCCGUGGACCACUUCAACGCCGUGCUCGACCAGUACCCACUCAUGCGGCGCACGAUGGAGAGCGUGGCCGCCGAACGGCUCAACAAGAUCGGCAAGAACCCCAACCUCGUGGCGCACCGCGAGGACGACACCACGUCGGAGGGGAACACGAUCAACGCGGUGGUGAACGCGCUGGCGGCCGAGGCCGAGCACGUCAGCCUGUCGGACGACAGCGUGGCGCGGCUGUCGGAGCGGUCGCUGGGGCUGGCGCUGCAGCCGCUGCAGGCGGCGUCGUGCCGCAUGGCGGGCGUGGCGCUGCCCGGCCUGGGCGUGGCGGCGGCGCUGCCGCGGCCCAAGUCCGAGCACGACUUCAGCUCCGCACAGCAGCCGCAGCUCACGUCCGCCUCCGCCGCCUUCCACAAGUCCGACGCGGGCAUAGCGCCCUGACGCCGCACCGUCUGCUAGGGGCCCGCGGGCCACCGAGCGCCGACCGAUAGCAAUACUAGGCUUAGUGCGAGCCGACACUCGCUAGUUGUAGCGUAGACACGAGUAUUAUAGCUGCGACUUCGCCGGGCGCGCCCGCGAGGCGCCGCCCGCUGAAUCUCAUUUUGUGAUCUUAUACUUAAUUCUCCUGUGUUAUAAUUUAGGUUAAAUUUUAUAUCAUUGACGCUGUGAGGAAUCGGCAAAUACGCGACGUAUUCCGAUUGUAUAGAUAUACCUGUUAUAUAUUGAAGAAUGAUACUAUUGAAUCUUUAUAGAGAUACCUUGCCAUUAAAAGAGAAAAUAAUUAUAUAGACUAGACUGAGAUGUAAAGAUAUCACUAUUUUAUGCUUUGUUGACGUAUAAAAUAGACCUCUAUUGUUGACGGAUGCCGAAUAUACGGUGGAAAGCGAACGUUCAAAGUGUAUAAAACGUUCUUGUUAUUCACGAUUCGGAGAUGAUUAUAGUAUUUGAAGUUGUUUAUAAAUAUAAAUAGCUCACGACGCGACCGGAGGGCCGCGGAAGUUUUGCGGGCUUCGGAAGCCUCGGGGCCUCACGCGCGAUUCCAAUAGCACACACUUUGCUUUCUUCAUUUUAAUUAUAAGUAGUCAUAUCUACCGAUACUCGAUAUAAUUAGCGCAAGACAAUUCUCUCGGUUUCCUAAUUAGAGGUGAAUCAGUAGCGCUUCGGAUAUUUUCGAAAUCCUUUCUUUAUGUAAAUAUUGUAUUACCGAGGAUUCGCCUUUAGCGCGGUUUGUUUUGAGGGAGGACCGGAGGGGUGGGACGGGAGCGCCGAGCGGCGGCCCAGUCAAUUAUUCGGUGCGAUCGCGACGCGGCACUACGGGCCCGGACUUGACUGCUUGACCAGGGAGGACAAGAAAGACACCUUUUUAACCGUCUUCAUUGGUAAUCGACAGCAUUCGGCAACCUUUAAUUUGUGCGUUACGCGUCACGCGGUAUGAUCGCCGCUUGCGUAAUACCACCAUAAGUAUUGAUUAACCGCUUCAACAACCAUAAGCCUUUCUGACUAAAAACAGUAGUGAUCUUGGAAGUCACUUUGCAGUGCUGCACUUGGAUGUCGCCACUUUUUGUUAUCAUUUUUCAAUAAUACGCAUUGUUAUUGUAGCAUUGACACUCUGAUCAAGCACAAAGAAAUAUUUUGUGAUCAACCGUGGUCGUGGUUUUUAUAUAAAUAAUUCGUUAGUACCUACAUAGAUACAAUAACUAUUUAUUGUUGCGUAUCGCAUUAUUUAUUGAAAUCAUCGCAAAGAAAAACUUCAAAGACUUACUGUUCACUAACAGCGACUAACCAUACCACUCGUAUAUUGGAUGGACUCGUACCUAUAAUAUAAAGUAAGAACUGUAAGAAGCCGUAUCAGCAACAGAUAUUGCUAUACUGCCUCAAUAGAAGUGGAUAUCGGCAAAAUGUCUAAAUACAUCUCUGUAUCAUUAGGUAAUUAAAUAAAAGUAAACAAAUAAUUUGUAAAUUUUCGGGUAGAUAUAACAUUUAUGGUUAACCAACCAAAUACAAAACCGCCUGGAGCUGUCACUGAACGACCUGACCUACCUACAUUAUUUGAUCAUGUAAGUAAUGUUUUCAUCUACCCUCAACUGGCUUAAGAAGCCAUAUAAGGGUAGAUUUUGUUUACUCUUUUUUAAAUACCUACCUAAAGAUACAUACAUACAGACUAUAAUACAAUCAUAAAAUACAAGUUUUGGGCAACUUUCAUCGUAGGUACUUUUUAUGCCCCCGAGCAUGACAUCUAGGAAAUAUAUCAAGUGGAAAUCUCCAAGUAUCUCAAUUGCAACAGUCCCUUUCAAGAGCGGGCCCGUAGUCGCUCCCGACGCGCCGCGGCCGUCGCCGUCGCAAUGCCUUCGCACUUCACAACUUGUUUUUAUUACUUCUAGGGUAAAUAAUUUAUUAUCGAUAGAGAUCAUUUCGUAGAAGUAAGUAGGCCGGAGCGAUAACAAAUUCGAUUGAACUACGUUUUGUGAUAUUCGUAGAGCAGCUAAGGCUGCUGCGCCACCCAGCCGCCGGCUCCGCGGACCCAUCGGCACCAGUUGCGUAGGUAGUUCAAAUAGACUUAACUUGUGUAACAGUACAAGCAAAGAUCAAUAAAUAUUAAAGACUUAGAAGUCGGGUGCCACAUCAUUGAUGUAGAUAUUGUAGAUGGUGCCACUUGCAAAAGGUUCAGACAUAAAAGUUAAAAUUGAUCUGCGCAAAGUGGUGCCAUCUGCCAUGUUGGGCAUCCGAUUUUAUAUUGAGAUUAUCAGUCUUUUUUAUUUAUUUGCCUCUGAUAAUAGGCAAUUUGAUAAUCACAACAAAAGGGCUUUGAAGUGGGCGCUUACGCCCUUGUCAUGUUUGCAACUUUGCACCAAUAAAAUACAACGCUAUUCUGGCACAAGCGCUUGCUUUCUUCGCGCGUGAUCAAUGAUCAUAUUUAACGACUUUAGCAACGCGACAGUUCCUAACGGUAGUAACGGGACAAGAUAGUGUGUUUAAUCGCCUAAUGAGAACACGCAAAGUCCCUUUUAUUGUGAAUUGUAAGUACGUGGAACUCGAGGAAUUGCUUAGAACUUGGACGCUGUUUUUUUGCUGACAACGAUCACUUUAGCGUUAUUACAUUUACGUAGUGGUUUCAUUAACGCUAUCUAGACGCAACUUAAUGUGGCCGCUUCUAAGUUAAUGAUAUGUUUAAGAGUCCCAAUAAUUAGUAUACAAAUGCAACAUAUCGUAGGAGCGGGUAAAUCGAGCCGAACGCUGGAGGGCGCACUUCGGAAAGUAAAGUCGUUGACUAUUCUUAUAGUGUCAUGACAAUUUGUAAAGACGGUUUUGCAAAUGUUGACUUUUUAGCCAAAAUAUAGAUAAUGAAUGACGAACCAAUGCGCAGUAGCUUACUUGUAGAACGCAGCCUAGGUCUCAUUUUGGCGACUAACACCAAUAGAUACCUACUUUGUACUCGUAAGAUAUUUAUACAAUUGGUCUUAGCAGAGUGAAUAUCUGUCAAUUUAACUAAAAGAGUAUAAAUAUUGCGUUUUAUUCCCAGAGCAUUUAACUGUUGUUUUAACUGGCAUUAUUACUGCUUUUGUAAAUGAUUAUAAAUUUUAUAGAAGAGAUCUAUUUUUAUUGUGAAGUUGAGCUACCUUACUGUAUAAAAGAGAAGUUAUACAUAAUUAUUUUAAAUCCAAACUGUUAUUUUAAUACCCACAUAUUAUUAUACGUACGUAUAUUUACUGAUUUCUGGUACCUAACUAUUUUCACCAAAAGUGCUCAUCGCUGUCAAGAAAAUUAGAGAAAAAAUGCAUUAAAGAAUGAAGAAAACUG